AUGCUCCAGAAUCUGAACUUUUCGCAUUUCAAAGGGACCGAUUCUACCGCAGGCACCCCUUCAACCGGCGUUGCAGACGACAAGCUCGGCGACGGGGGUCUGGUUGGCGUAGUCGACAAGGCACUAAGCGGAGGUGGACAAGGCCAACAAGGAGCGGGCACGGCGACACCCGUAGCAGGCACCCCUGCAACUGGCGUCGCGGAUGACAAGCUAGGCAACGGGGGUCUGGUUGGGGUAGUGGACAAGACGCUGAGCGGUGGUGGACAGGGCCAGGAAGGAGCGGGCACCCCUGCAGCAGGCACCCCUGCAACCGGCGUCGCGGACGACAAGCUAGGCAACGGGGGUCUGGUUGGAGUAGUGGACAAGACGCUGAGCGGUGGUGGACAGGGCCAGGAAGGAGGGGGCACCCCUACAGCAGCAGGUACCCCUUCGACCGGUCUCGCGGACGACAAGCUUGGCGACGGGGGUCUGGUUGGGGUAGUUGACAAGGCCCUAAACGGUGGCGGACAAGGCCAGCAAGGAGCGGACACUCCUGCAGCAGGAACCGAUUCAAGCGGAGCCGCAGAUGAGACGCCCGGCGACCGGGGCCUGGUUGGGGUAGUCGACAAAGCACUAAGCGGUACAAACGCAAGUGGUGGCGGUGAACAAGGUGAACAAGGAGCGGGCACGACUGCGCCUGCAACAGGCACCCCUACAAGCGGUGUUGCAGCCGACAAGCCCGGCGACAAGGGUGUAGUUGGAGUAGUCGACAAGGCUCUCAACGGUCCAGCUUCCACGGGCGGUGGUGAACAAGGUACUACUACAGGCGGUACUGCAGAUGACAAGCCCGGCGACCGGGGUGUGGUUGGAGUAGUUGACAAGGCAUUAAGUGGCACAAACUCCAAGGGCGGCGGUGGCGAACCUGGUCAAGAGCAAGGAGCGGGCACGACUACGCCAGCAACAGAGGUUACUCCUGGCGGGGGCACCAAUGACAAGCCUGGUGACGGGGGUGUGGUCGGAGCAGUCGACAAAGCAUUGAACGGACCAGGCUCCAAGGGUGGCGGUGGAGAAGGUGGAGGAGUGGGCACGGGUACGCCCGCAUCAGGGGUUACUCCCGGCGGCGUCACAAAUGACAAACCUGGUGACGGGGGUGUAAUUGGGGCAGUCGACAAAGCAUUGAACGGACCAAGCUCCAAGGGUGGCGGUGGAGAAGGUGGAGGAGUGGGCACGGGUACGCCCGCAUCAGGGGUUACUCCCGGCGGCGUCGCAGACGACAAACCUGGGGACGCGGGUGUGGUUGGGGCAGUCGACAAAGCAUUGAAUGGACCAGGCUCCAAGGGUGGCGGUGGAGAAGGUGGAGGAGUGGGCACCGGGGUUACUCCCGGUGGCGGCACGAAUGGCAAACCCGGUGACGGGGGUGUGGUUGGGGCAGUCGACAAAACAUUGAACGGACCAGGCUCCAAGGGUGGCGGUGGAGAAGAAGGAGGAGUGGGCACGGGGGUUACGCCGGCCGGCGGCACAAACGACAAACCUGGUGACGGGGGUGUGGUUGGGGCAGUCGACAAAGCAUUGAACGGACCAGGCUCCAAGGGUGGCGGUGGAGAAGGUGGAGGAGUGGGCACGGGGGUUACUCCGAGCGGCGGCACAAAUGGCAAACCUGGUGACGGGGGUGUGGUCGGGGCAGUCGACAAAGCGUUGAACGGACCAGGCUCCAAGGGCGGCGGUGGAGAAGGAGGAGGAGUGGGCACGGGUACGCCCGCAACAGGUCGGGAUGCUGGAGCUACUGAGAAUGGAGCCGCUGCCCCUAGAGCCGGCGGAACUGCGACCGGAUCCGGAAUCACGACAGGCACCAGUAACGUCCCGGCGCGCAAUACCCAUACCGGACAGCACGACUCCGGGGGCACUAAUGUCCAGCAAAAUGUUGACAUCAACAUCAACUUCAACCCCGAUGGCUCCGGUUACUUUGGUCAGCCCGUGCGAACUGCGCCGACGGCGCCUGUGGCCAGCCCCGCUCUUUCAGCCGGCCGCGUCAAGAACGUGGAGCCGCAAACUGCCGACGAAGCGGUGAAGUUCCUCAAGCAUACCCAGGGUUUUGGGGAAGGCGUUCUGCAGCGACCAGACGGCACGGGUUUGGCGCCCAACACCCGCUUGGAGCCGGGGAAGGACUACAUCUUCGUUCCAAGUGCUUCUCCCACACCCACUGAUGGCGGCGGGAACGGUCAUGCUGGUAACGACAGCAAGCCUUCAGACGCCGCCCGUCCGGCAUCGCCAAGCACAAAUGGAACCGGUGGUUCGGAAGCGGCUUCAGGUGCACAAGCACGGGUGGUGCGCAUCAGGAAUGCUUCAGCCGGCCAGAUCUCGGAAGUGGAGCCGCAGACCGCCCGCGACGCACUUCAGUAUCUGAAGAACAUAUCUGGAUUCAGCAGCGGCGUCUUGCAGAACAAGAAUGGCACGGGAUUGGCGCCGGACACUCGCUUGGACCCGAGUCAAGAAUACGUCUUUGUUCCAGAUUCGGCAACGCGUGGCCACAAGGGCUCCGGCGGGACUGGCGCAGGCGCCCCCCAAGACGUGUCUGACGGCUCUUCUGGCGGUGCGGCCGGUGGUGGUUCGGGGCCAGGUUCCACUGCGACUGCACAGGUUGUCCGGAUCGUCCACUCGUCGACUGGCCGGACGUCCGACGUGGAACCUCAGACCGUCCAAGAUGCACAAGAGUACUUGAGGAACCUGCCGGAAUUCGGGCCAGGCGUUUUGCAGCGGAAAGACGGGACGGGCUUGUCUCCCGGUUCUCGGCUGGAACCGGGGCAGGACUAUGUCUUUGUCCCGAGCCGCGGAGGGUCCAGCGCAAAGCCCGCAGAUGACACCAAACCCGACCGAGGCCGGGCUGGCGCUGACGUCCAGCCCGGUACUGGAGCUACCAGCGACACGGAUGCUGGAAGGAAGACAGGCGGCGGGGGUACUGAUGCGGGCCAGACAUCCGCACUGAUAACGACCGCAAGCGGCGCCAGUCAGCCUGUGGAGCCCCAGACUGUCUCGCAAGCCCUUGACGCGUUGAAGGGCAUUCGAGGAUUUGGGGAGGGCGUCCUUACAGCGGAGGACGGGACGCUCUUGGCGCCAGAGACCCGUCUUCAGCCGGGCGGACAGUACACCUUCGUGCCGGAUAGUCCCUCAGGUGCAGGCGCGGGAGCCGGCGAGAACGGCGCUAGUAUUGUCACUGGAGGCGGCAAUCAGAAGCGAGGCGCUGACAGGCCCGGUCCUGCCGGUGGAGGCGACCGCCCAGCAGAUACAAGCGGGGACCAAGGACCCGCAAGCAUUCAGAGCACCGGCGGGGGUUAUCCCCUCAAGGUUCAGCCGCAAACCGUGGCUCAAGCCCUCGCGGCUCUGAAGCGCAUGCCCCGGUUUGGAGAAGGCACGCUCAAGGCCAAGAACGGGACGCUUUUAGCACCAGACACGCGUCUGCAGCCGGGCGGGGAACAUGUAUUCGUGCCGACUGCUUCACCAGGCACCAGAGAUGGCACGGACGGAGCAAGUCCGGAGACUGACACCAGCAAGCCGGUUGACCCAGGCUACGAUAGAAAAGACGGCGGCCCUGACGUAGGAGGUGGAGGCGGCAAAGGCAGCGGCGGCAAGGACCCAAUCGUCAUCCAGCACCCGAGCGGCGGCUCCCCUGCUAAGCUGCAGCCCCAAACGGUGGGGGAAGCGCUGGAUGCGCUGAAGCGCGUGGACGGCUUCGGGGAGGGCCGCUUGCAGAAGCCCGACGGCACCAUUUUGGCUCGCGGCAGCCCGCUGGAACCGGGGGUGGUCUUCGUACCGAAUGUUACUAAAGGAAAAGGUGAUACAACCAAGAACGACCCCAGGGGAACCGACCGUUCACCAAUCUCAAAAGGCGACGGCCAGAUGCCUGACGAGGGCGUCGAAGUGGGCGGUACUAAAGGUGACAAAAGCGGUGCUAACACGGACCCGAUCGUCAUUCCAAACCCGAGCGGUGACUCUUCCGCAAAGUUGCAGCCGCAAACUGUGGGGGAAGCGCUUGAUGCGCUGAAGGGCGUGGACGGCUUCGGGGAGGGCCAUUUGCAGAAGCCCGACGGGACCAUCUUGGCUCGUGGUAGCCCAUUGGAUCAUGGGGCAGUCUUCGUCUCAAGCGCUGCCACAGGCAAAGAAGAGCCCAACGAGAAGGACCCCGUUCAGUCACCAAGUGGAAACGACGACGGGGACCAGAAGCCAAGCGGGAGUGAGAAGGGCACCGGGGGAGGAAAGGGCACCGGAGCAGGCGAACCUUCCGGAGGUAGCCAAGGUGGUGCCAAAACGGACCCGAUCGUCAUCGGGAACCCAAGCGGCGGCUCCCCUGCCAAGUUGCAGCCCCAAACGGUGGGAGAAGCGCUGGAUGCGCUGAAGGGCGUAGGCGGAUUUGGAGAGGGCCGCUUGCAGAAGCCUGACGGCACCAUCUUGGCUCGCAGCAGCCCGCUGGAACCGGGGGUAGUAUUCGUUCCGAAUGUCCCUAAAGGAAAAACUGACCCUCCAAAGAAGGACGACUCCAGCGCUGGCCAGCCAGCAAGCCGUGAGGGCGACGGCCACGCGCCCAACGGGACAGAGAAGGGCGGCACAGCAGCCAGGGAUGCUUCUGGAGGUGGCAAAAGCGGCGGCAGCAAGGACCCAAUUGUCAUCCAAAACCCUCGGAGCGGCGGCUCCCCUGCAAAGUUGCAACCCCAGACCGUUGGGGAAGCGCUCGAUGCGCUGAAGGGCGUGGACGGCUUCGGGGAGGGUCGCUUGCAGAAGCCCGAUGGCACAAUUUUGGCUCGCGGCAGCCCGUUGGAACCGGGGGCAGUGUUCGUUCCGAACGUUGCCGAAGAAAAAGCUGACCCUCCGAAGAAAGACGACUCCAGCGCUGGCCAGCCAGCAAGCCGCGAGGGCGACGGCCGGGGGCCCAACGGGGCAGAGAAGGGCGCAGGAGCUGGUGACGCUUCUGGAGGUGGCAAAAAUAAGGAGCCAAUCGUCAUUGAGAACCCGAGCGGCGGUCUUCCUGCCAAGCUGCAGCCCCAAACGGUGGGGGAAGCGCUGGAUGCGCUGAAGGGCGUGGACGGCUUUGGGGAGGGCCGCUUGCAGAAGCCCGACGGCACCAUCUUGGCACGCGGCAGCCCACUAGAACCGGGGGCAGUCUUCGUUCCGAACGUCGCAAAAGGAGAAAAAGCUGACCCUCCAAAGAAGGACGACUCCAAUACAGGCCAGCCAGCAAGCCGUGAGGGCGACGGCCGUGGGGCCAACGGGGCAGAGAAGGGCGGAGCUGGGGACGAUUCUGGAGGUGGCAAAGGCAGUGCCAACAAGGACCCGAUUGUUAUUGGGAACCCGAGCGGCGGUGCUCCUGCUAAGUUGCAGCCCCAAACCGUUGGGGAAGCGCUGGAUGCGCUGAAGGGCGUGGACGGCUUCGGGGAGGGCCGCUUGCAAAAGCCCGACGGCACCAUCUUGGCCCGCGGCAGCCCGCUGAAACCGGGAGUAGUUUUCGUCCCGAAUGUUGCUGAAGGAAAGGAUGACCCACCUGAGAAGGAUGAUUCCGGCAACGGCCGAGGGUCUGGCGGGGCGGAGAAGGCACAAAUGCUGCUGGAGGUGCCAACAAGGAGCCGAUUGUAA